UAUAAAAAUGUAAACAGAAAGCUCCAGUUGCGUCUGCAACUUACCAAAACAGCCAUAGCCCUUAACGGUUUUGCAUCAAAUUUUCAGCUUUUCUCUCUCUCCAGUUCGCCAUGUGAGUCUGUAGCUUUUAUACGUUUUUUUUAAAAAAAAAUUAUUAAUUUGGUAGCCUUCUUUCAUGAUUGAUAAUUCCACUUCCUUUCUUAAAGCGGUUCCCUUGAUGCUUGCCAUCAAAGCACUCCCAAAUCAUUUUUACUUGCUCCUAAAUACAUUAAUGAGGAAGAAAGAUAUCAGAAAUCUCCCAGAUUUCGAAGCUUUCAAGAAAUUGGUAACAAAGAAGCCCUUUCAAUACUAACCUUCUCUUCAAUUUCUUGGCCAAUUUGAUCUGAUGGGUUGUUUUUGCUCUUCUUCGUAAUCGAUUUAUAUCCUGUAAUUAGGGAUUUUCUGCUGCUUGUUAUUGCUUUUGUUUAUCCCAAAUUCCCCCAAUUUCUAGGGUUUUGUAAUUUCUUCUUCAAUUAAUGAAUUCACUGCACUGUGAUUCGAUUCGAGCUUGAAAUCUCCACUCCCAUGGCGGAAAUUAGGGUUCCUAGGUUAGAAAAGGGGCAGACGAAGAUUAAAAACGUCCCAAUUGCAGUGACCCCAGAGGGCUUCUGGUGUUGCCCUUCUCCAGGAGUUUUUCAAAAGCCAUUUAAGCCACAGCCAUCUCUGAACAAAGCUAAACAACCAUCUCAAAACUCUUCAAUUCAGCCUAAGAAAGUUUCGAUAAAUGAGGUGAAAUCAGGUCCAACAAAUGCUGGCCUUCUUGUUGUCGAUGAGAAAAGAGCCAAUGGUUCUGAUGCAAUUGUUCUUAAUGCUCCAUUGUCCAAUGAAAAGGCCGGCAGGCCGGGGCCGAAUAAGGUCGAAAAUAUGCCUAGGAAGGUUACCAUCGAGUACGGUGAGGCGGGCACGGGUGAUUUAAAGGUGAUCCUGCUUGGAAAACAGGGGAUUACUGUGAAGCUGAGUGUUCAUAGAAGUAUACUUGUCGAAAACAGCAGCUUUUUUGCCACUAGGAUAUCCGAACAGCAGCCUGUUUUCCCUUGUCUUGAAAUUGAUAACUGUGACGAUGUUGAGAUUUAUGCCGAAACCAUUGGCCUUAUGUACUGCCAAGAAAUGAAGCAGCAGUUGAUCAAGCAGAGUGUUCCCCGUGUGCUGCGAAUACUUAAGGUCGGGGAGCGACUCGGUUUCACUAAAUGCAUCCGAUCGUGUUUGGAAUAUUUGGAAGCCGUUCCGUGGGUGGGCGAGGAUGAGGAAGAAAAAGUGGUCGCAUCCGUCACUCGUCUCGAGGGUCACGGCAUCGGAGUCGGGGCAGUUUUAAAACGAGUAUCGUCUGUCACCGAAAAGCCGCCGAAGGACACACUUUGUCGCAUAUUGGAGUUAGUCCUCGAAAGCAAAGAGGAAAAGGGGAGACGGGAAAUGAAGUCGAUCGUACUCAAACUCCUCCGCGGCACUUCAUCCUCGUCCGCCGACGGCUCGUGUAAUGAAACCAUUUUCGCUGCUUUCCAAGCAUCCCUAGAUUCUCUGCUGUCUCUGUUCAGACAAGCCGCCGAAGCCAAGCUGGAUGACAAACCUAUGAGUGUAAGAGAAACUGCGGCGAAGCCGAUUGCUUUACAGGCGGAUAACCUUUUAUGGAUGCUCGAUAUUUUAUCCGACAGGCAGGCGGGGGACGACGUUGCCGUGAUUUGGGCAAAUCAGCGCGAGCUGGUUUCGAUCCAUUCGGGGAUUCCUGUCGUUGUUCGCCAUUAUGUUAGUUUGGUUAGCGCGAGAAUCUUUGUCUUGAUCGGACAGGGGGCGGUGCUUUCGUGUAAGGAAACGCGACACUCGUUGCUGAAUCUGUGGCUGCCGCCGCUGAUCGACGACUAUAAGUGGUUGCAGCACGGGUGCAGAUUGUUCGACCGGGAUGUUGUCGAGGAGGGGAUCGGGAGGACGAUUUUGACCCUCCCGAUGGAGGAUCAGCGGGCCCUCUUGCUUUCGUGGCUCGGGAGUUUUCUGACGAACGGCGAUGGCUGUCCUAAUCUCCAGCGGGCUUUCGAGGUCUGGUGGCGGCGGGCGUUGGCGAGGCCGGCGGCGGCGGCGGCGGCGCGUGUUGAUUGAUUGAUCAUAACGUUGGUGUGAUGGAAAUGUUGUGAAGAUGUUCGAUUGUGACAAAUUUGUUGUGAUUCUAUAUGGAGAGAAAUUGCAUGCUUUUGGUUUUCAA